CGUAAAAAAAAAAAAAGCGCGAUGGCGCCGCCGUUGAAAGUGCUUUCAUGAAAUUUAAAUUAUCUACGGUGUACCUCUUCUUGCCACUAUCAUGAUGAUCAAGGAUAAUACUCAAUCAUUAUCGAACGAAGCUCGCAGAUGGUGAUUUUUGAGGGCAGAUGCAGAAGGGCAGAAGUUUUAUUCAAGGUGAUUCAAGAAAUGAAUCUUUUUGACCUUUCUAGCUGGUGUAUCGUAGCCGCAUUCUUCCUUAUUACUCGCGUUUCCAAAGGGACGUUUUUUGAUAUGAAACCCUCCGUUAAAAGCUAUCUUCCAAACUACGAGUUUUAUCACAACAUCACAAUGAUGAAUGAAUGCCUGCAUCACAUUUCUGCGCAGUAUUCUGAACUUGUGGAUGUACAGAUGAGAUACCGUUCCAGGCUUGGACUUUCACAGUACGUUCUUCGCAUUUCGAACUUUUCACUUGAUUCAAUUAUCGAGAACAAAUUAGACAGGCGAUCGAGGAUAUUGCUUUCGUAUGGUGAACAUGCGGCUGAGUUUUUUCCAGUGCAAAGUUUGUUUCACCUGCUGCAAAAUGUAACUCAAGGUAUCGACUUACCUCCAGGGACAUAUGGGAGUAAUUUUACCCGGUUCUUACUCAACAAUUUUGAUUUGUACCUGGUGACAAUUGUAAACCCAGAUGGCCGGGCAAUCAUUGAACAAACCCGAAACUAUUGCUGGAUGGGCACUGCAAAUAACGCCGACCUUAACUCUGAUCUGGAUGGGAAAUUUGCUGACAGAAAUAUAGCAGAGCCAGAAUGUAUGGUUAUAAGGGAGUUAACCACUGAAAAACAGUUUGAUGCCUUUAUUUCAUUUCAUUCAGGAAAAAGACAAAUAGUUUUUCCAACAAUAGGAAAAAAUUCCAAAGUUAGUGGUACAGAUGUCUUCUAUUUAGCAUCCCUUCUUUCAUCAUCUUUGAUGUCAGACCACGCACUCGUUCCUGUAAAUAUCACUGAUCUUGCUGGUCAAAGUAUUUUUAGUUAUGCAACUGAAGAGAAACAGAUUCCAUUUACAUACAAAAUUUUUCUGUGGGGAAAUGAAGAGACACAAUCUAGAGUUGCUGAAGAGGACUGUUUCAGUAGAUUCAACCCUCCGAGUGAGAGCCUUCAGGAUGAGUUGGAGGCUGUCCACCGUCUAUACCCAACCCUCUUUUAUUUUAUGCAUUUCUGGAAAGAAAUGCAGCUCUAUACCAUUCCUGAACAAUGGACGAAUGAUGAGACUGUUGAAACAAGGAAACUACCAUUCAUUGUGCGGUUGUUUUUCUUUAUAUUGGGAUGUGCUGCUGUUUUCUUAAUUUGUAAUCUUCGAGUUCCUUUCAAAUGGAAAAUGUACUACAGACGACAAAGGCGUAUCGUCAGCUUCAGGUCUUUAGGAACACUUUUUACUUUGCUUAUGAUAACUUGAAAUUUUUACAAUUAGGUACAUAGUUAGAUAUCAUGUAUAUAUGUUUAAGCCCUUUAUACUUUCUUCUUUCAGAAUUAAAUCAAAAUUAACAGUGAUUGUUCACAUAUUAAAUUGUCAAAUGCCUUGCAAAGGCCUUAAAAGGCCCCAAAUAUUAAAAAAUAUUGUUUAGUGGGUUGCAUUGUGUAGUUCCAGAAAAUAUCCAUACCUCCCCCAC